AUGACUAACUUAUCUAACCACCUAUAUUUACAAGAAGGAGCUAGAGUAAUGUUCUUAAAUAACAAACUUUUUGAUGAUGAUAUCUGCAAUGGUACAAUUGAAAUAGUAACUAAACUUAUUAACAAUAAUAAUAUUGAAGCUACUUUCCCUACUUAUAAAGGA